UGCUGCAGGGGGCCGCAGAGAGAGGACGGCCCCGGGCACGGCACGCACACACACCCCGACACACACACACACACACGCUCCCCGGCAGGCAGGCCGGCCACCCGCUCCGCUGCAGCAGGAGGCCGACGGAGGAGCACCGCUGACGCGGCCAUGGAGACGGACGGAGAGCAGAACCAGCAGGGGGCCUCCACCAACGGCAGCGCCGCGUCGGGGACCAGCUCCCGCCCCUCGGCCAUGAACUCCAUGUCUCUGUAUGAACGGCAGGCCGUGCAGGCCCUGCAGGCGUUACAGAGGCAGCCCAACGCGGCGCAGUACUUCCAGCAGCUGAUGCUGCAGCAGCAGAUCAACAACGCCCAGCUCCAGAACCUGGCCGCCGUGCAGCAGGUGAAGGCCACGCUGGCUGCCAGUCGUCAGUCGAGUCCCUCCAGCAGCAGCUCCUCUCAGACCACCAGCACCACGGCCGCCACCGUCACUUCUGGAUCAGGAUCGACAGCCAGCAGCCGACCAAUGGGAGCUUCGGCGACGUCCACGAUCAGCCAGUCGGUGCUGCUGAGCGGGACGACGGGGGGGCAGGGCCAGAUGUACCUGCGAGUCAACCGCUCCCUGAGGGCUCCCAUCUCCUCGCAGCUCAUCUUCAUGCCUGGCGCGACCGUCACCCAGCAACCUCAGCAGCAGGAAGUGGCCCCCACCUCGUCCUCCAGCAGCCAGUCAGACAAUGAUCAGGUGCAGAAUCUCGCCCUGCGAGGUGUGUCCAGUCCCAAAGGCGUGGGGGUGAAGACCGAAGCUCCAGACAGGAGUGACUCAGCCUACUCCCUGGUCCAGCCCUCACACCAGUCCAACUCCCAGUCCCCCAGUAAACCGAGCCAGCCUCAGCAUCAGCCGCCCCACAUCAAAAUCCCCACCUACCCUCAGCCCACCAACCUGAAAGCCCACCCCACCUCCUCCUCCUCCGCCGCCUCGUCCUCCUCGUCGUCCUCCACCUCCUCCAUCCCGCUCUCCCAGCUGCUGCUCCACGGGACUCGAACUCUGACGACGGGCACCACGGCCCCCACGGCGGCGCACACCCUGGUGCUCACGUCCAACGCCACGACUCAGGCCCACGGCUACCCGGUGGGCACGGCCACCAUCAAGCCGGCGGUGAACGCUCAGACUCUGGUGGUGCAGCCGCUGCAGAAGACGACGCUCGGCUCAGAGAAGCCCAGCCACGGGAACGGCCCCAUCCCCAUCCAGCCCAAAACCCUCCAGGGGCUCCGCCUGCCCCUCCAGCUGCCUUCCAGGAACCCUCCUCCCAUCCUGCCCGCCCCGGCGCCCGCCAGCAGCUCGGCGCCGCCUGCCCAGCCGCCGCACAUCCCGGUUCAGAUCGUGGGGGCCAGACAGAGCACGCUGGGGAGCGCCCAGGCCCUGGCCCUGGCCCGGGGCAGCUGCAGCCAGGACGGCGCCGCCGUGCUCAGCAGCUCGUCCAGCCUGCUCACCAUGGUGGCGUCCAUCGCUUCCCGGGAGGGCGGGGUCGUCGGCCGAGGGGUGGGCCUUAAAGCGCUGCAGUCGCCACAGGAAGCCCCUCCUCUGGCUCAGGUGUCGCAGGUGCAUCCGCAGGCCAAUCAGAGCCAGAAUGGCCCUCUGGCUUCAAGCCCCGCCUCCUCCCAGCCCGCCACCGUUCCCACGCCUUCAGGCUCGCUGUCCCGCUCCACGCUGUCCCUGCCUCUGGUCACUGAAGAACAGAGGGGGGCAUCGGCUGCGGUGACCACCAACGGAGACUCGUCUGGACGGCAAACCCCACAGGGAAAGCAGGCGACUGGCUCCCUGAAAAGGAAAUCAGACUCCAACUCAGCCAACGAUGAAGACGGCCCCUCCCCCCCACGGCUCCAGCCAAUCAGAGAUCACACCCCUGUGCUUCCAGCCAAUCCCACCGAUGCAGGCUCCGCCGCUCCUCCUCCCGUCGCCUCCUCGCCCUCUCCGGUGCUGUCGGUGUCCCGUGGCACCUGUCCUCAGGGCGAGAGAGCCCCGCCCCCUCAGGCUGUGGUCAAACCGCAGGUCCUCACGCACCUCAUCGAGGGCUUCGUCAUCCAGGAAGGGGCGGAGCCUUUCCCUGUGUGCGGUCCAUUGAAGGACUCCGCUGAUGAGGAUUUGACCAAUGACAGCCCGGACACCAACCAAUCGGAGGUGGUUACAACAGCAACAGUGCUGAAGUGUGAGUACUGUAAAAACUUUGCUCCUGCCAGCCAGUUCAGAGGCACCAAACGGUUCUGCUCCAUGUCUUGUGCCAAGAGUAUGUAUUGGUUCCCCAGGUACAACGUCAGCUUCAGGCAGCACUUCUGCGUGCGUCAGCGUCAAGGUCAGGACCACGCUCCGGAUCAGGACCGAGGCCAGGGCCACCUCUCCAACUCGGACGAGGAGGGAGGGAUCGCCCGGAGGCGCGUGCCCCGCCGCACCAGCUCGGAGAUCGCCAGCGCCAAGAUAGCAGGAAGACCUUUACCUGUGAAGUGCCAUUCAGAGUCCAGCCAUUCAGAAGAGGAGUCCAGCGGAGAGGACGACGAAGACGACGCCAUGUCCCUCUCGCCCGCCUCCUCGGCCUCCUGCCACCAGCCUCCUCCUCCAGCUCCCCCUCCUCCCCCUCCCCCUCCUCCGACGCUCCCGACGGAGAGCUCUGCCCCCGGCGGCCUGCCGGCGAGUCCCGCCCAGUGGAGCGUGGAGGACGUGUCGCAGUUUAUAUCCUCCCUACAAGGCUGUGAGGACCUCGCCUCCCAGUUUCUGUCGCAGGAAAUUGACGGACAGGCCCUGCUCCUGCUGAAAGAGGAGCACCUCAUGUCCACCAUGAACAUCAAACUCGGUCCCGCCCUCAAGAUCUGCGCUCACAUUAACAAUCUGAAAGACUAAAUUCAGAGUUUACGUGAAGAAGCCCUCUGUUUCAGUUGGAGGCCUGGAGAUUUACCCCCUUAAAAAACCCCGGCUUUGGCCAUUUAACCCCACCUCCACCCCACCAGCGAAAACCCCCCGGGCCGGGCAGGGAUCUGGAUCCAUAGCAGUCUCUGAGUCCUGCAGGUGAAUGUAUGAAGCACCAUUUCCAGACAAAGCCAAGGUUCUUCCUCCACCUGUUUGUUCCCUCCGAGGUCCCGUUUGCACAGUUCAUGUGUGCGAGUUGCAAAAACAUGACAA